GUGUAAGCGCUGCUGACAUAGCCGCUCCCACGUGUUCUUUCCUCGGGAGCUGCCGCGGCGCCCGCCCUGAUCGCGAUCCUGUCCGCAGGCUCCACCGCAGCGCAGCCCUGCAGCCUUGUCCUGGCGUCGGAGGCGACAGUCUGGCUGAAGUAAGAAACACCCUCACUGGAGACAUUCAAACAAAGAUUGGACUUUUCAAGAACAGAAAGGAAGCUCAUGCAUCAGAAAAGACAUAGGGUGGAGUAUAGUAACCCAAUCAUAGCACAUUCUAACCUCAAACUGCUGGGCUUGUAUCCUCCCGCCUCAGCCUCCCCAGUGACUAAUAAACAUCCAAAAGAAUAUGGCCACACAAAUACCAGAAUCUGAUCAGAUCAAACAGUUUAAGGAAUUCCUUGGGACCUACAAUAAACUUACAGAAACCUGCUUUUUGGACUGUGUUAAAGACUUCACCACAAGAGAAGUAAAACCCGAAGAGACCACCUGUUCAGAACAUUGCUUACAGAAAUAUUUAAAAAUGACACAAAGAAUAUCCAUGAGAUUUCAGGAAUAUCAUAUUCAGCAGAAUGAAGCUCUGGCAGCCAAAGCAGGACUCCUUGGCCAGCCACGGUAGAGACAGAGAAGUCCUGAUGGAGAGAUGUUCAUGAGGGAUUGCCAAGAGCUUCUGCCCUGGAAAUGAGGAUUCAUCUGAGAGAAUCCCCUGAGAGCAGCAGCCACUGUGUUAAACCACCUGUCAUGAGUAUUUGGCAAGUGGAAGCCACUGGAGAAGCCAAAUUGCUAUUUACCAGGAAAAUCAAAAUAGGUCUUAUUAUUCAAUGAAAAUAAUAAGAGGCAACAUUUAUUGAGGCCUUAAGAGUCAGUAGUUUGGUCACUUGAUUAGAAAAAUAAACCAUUGUUUCUUCAAUUGUGACUGUUAAUUUUAAAGCAAAAUAUGUGUUCAAUCAUGUAUGAGGUAGAAAAAUUUUAUUACUAAAAGCAAAAUAAAUGGAAAUAUCAUUGAGGAGUUGUUUAUACUGUGUAGUACCAUAGUAUCGUGACUGGACUGUGGACACAUUGAAAUGCUUCUCAAUCGGGAUCAUCCUCCAGGCAUUCCUGUUCAUUCAUGUCUGCCUCAAAUUGCUGGAAAAUACAUAAAAUAGUUACUUGCUGAUCA